UAGAGUGUCCCCGGUUUACUGUACGCUCCGAAGCAGCUGCUGUUGUUAACAGAGAUACUUUAGUCAUUUAGCUUCUGAUUGUUUUUAAACAAAAACAGUCCUAUGACAUUAAUGGACAAUCAUGUCUGAAGAGGAAAAUAAGGUUUCCGAUGAACUUUUCAAAGACGUCAAAUUCUACGUGGUGGGGGACAUUGAUCAAAAGGUGGUGCAGCUGCUGAAAGCAGGAAAAGGGAAGGAGGUGUCCUACAAUGCUCUGGCCACUCACAUCAUUGCAGAGGACGGAGACAAUCCUGAGGUGGGCGAGUCGAGGGAGGUGUUUGACCUACCUGUUGUCAAGCCGUCCUGGGUGAUCCUCUCAGUCCGAUGUGGAGACCUGUUACCAGUUACUGGAUUCUCCCCAGAAUCAGGACAGAUAUUCUUUGGAGUGACAGCUUGUCUUCCCAAGCUUCCAGAUGAUCUCAACACUUUCUGGGCUUACAUAACCUUUUAUGGAGGAGAAUGUCAACUUAACCUCAACAAGAAGGUCACCCACUUAGUUGUGAAGGAGCCGAAGGGGGCCAAGUUUGAGUGUGCCCUGAAACACCCUGGCAUCAGGAUUGUCACACCGGACUGGAUAACAGAUUCUGUUAAAGACAAAAGCAGGAAGGAUGAGGCGCUCUAUCACCCCAGACUCACGUACACGGAGCUCGAGGAAGAGGAGGAGAGCGAAGCAGAGUCAUAUGACCAGCACUCCCAUUCUGAUGGAAGCUACAGCCCCCAGCGAUCCCGGAUGUCCAGCGGGGGCUCGUCUGGUGAGGAGUCCAGCCCCCGCAGACGACCAGGACCCAAAAAACUGAACUCCGUCUCCCCGACCUCCCCCCGCAAACCUGAGCGCCGCAGCGAGCGCAUGUUUGACGACUCUGACGAUGACUUCUCCUCAGAGAAGGAGGGGACCAACCUAAACUGGACACCAGCUGAAGUCGCCACACCGACCCCAACUAUUUCAACCGGCCCUACCAGGCGGCGGGGUGGGCCACCCAGCAGCAAAGACCCAGUGUCUACAAGCAGUGCGCUGAUCAACCUGUGCGCGACUGUGCCCCCUGUACCGGGCAGUGGAGGAGGCAUGCCUCAAGAGGCUCGCUCUGCUGCUGCCGCCAUCAGUCACACUGCACAGCAAGGUGUAUCAGUUCCAGAGGGUAUCCCCGGGUGGAGCCCGGCUGCUAGAACUCUCCGCAACAUCACCAACAACUCCGACAUGCAGCCGGCCAGUCGACCUGCCAACGUAGCACAUAUUAUCCAGAAUCUGACAGCCAAUCAAACAAAGCCAUUGGAACAGCAGACCAAUCAGAGCCAUGCUCAGACCCCUAACAGCACCAACCCUCUUCUGUUCAGUCAGUCCAAACUAACCACCCAGCCCCUCACCGCAGAGCAGCAGCAACAGUUACUGCAACAGCAACAGUCACACCAGGCUGCCCAGCAACAACACCAACAGUUACCACAGCAACCGCAGCAUCCCAUGAUGCAUCUCCAGCAGCAGCAGCAUCAGAUGAUGCAGCUACAUCACCAGCAGCAACAGUCGCCGGUUACACAACAACAAGGGUUCCCACAGUUGCCCCAACAGCAGCAACAGUUUCUACAGCAACAGCAGCAAAUUCACCAACAGCAGAUGUUUUCACAGCAGCAGCAGCAGCAGCAGCAGCAGCAGCAGCAGCAGCAGCAUGCCUUCUCCCAGCAGCAGCUGCGUCCCCAGCAGCUCCUCCGGCCUGGUUUACAGCAGCUGCAGCAGCAACAGGUGCUGCAGCAACAGCUCCAGCAGUUCCAACAGCAACGCAUGCAGCUGUUACAGCAACAGCAGCAACAGCAAAAUCAACAGCAGCUACACCAACAGCAUCUGCAGCAGCAGCAGCAGCAGCAGCAACAGCAGCAUUUCCUACAGCAACAGCAACACAUGCAGCAGAUGCAGCAGCAGCACCUGCAGAACCAGCAGCAGCAAGCUCUGCAGCAUCAGAACCAGCAGGCCCUGCAGCAGCAGCAGCAGCAGACGACGCUGCAGCCGCAGCUCCAGCAGCCUCCUCACGUUUCCCAGCUGUUUGGACACGAGCCGGGACAAGACAUUCCACUGGAUGGCUUCCUGCUGGGCUGUGUGUUUGCUAUUGCUGACUACCCAGAACAGAUGGCUGACAAACAACUCCUGGCCACAUGGAAGAGGGUCAUCCAGGCGUGUGGAGGUGCUGUUGACCCCACCCUGACCAGCCGCUGCACACACCUGCUGUGUGAGAGCCAAGUCAGCAACCUGUAUGUGCAGGCACUCAGAGAAGGGAAGCGCUGUGUAACAGCCCACUGGCUUAACACUGUACUGAAGAGGAAGAGGAUGGUACCUCCUCAUCGGACGUUACAUCUGCCCUUCGCCUUCCCUCCAGGAGCCAAACCCUGCUCUCAGCACAUUAUAUCAGUGACAGGUUUUGUGGAUGCUGACAGGGAUGACCUGAAGUUGAUGGCCUACCUAGCCGGUGCCAGAUACACUGGAUAUCUGUGUCGCAGCAACACCGUGCUCAUCUGUAAAGAACCAAGUGGGCUGAAAUAUGAGAAGGCUAAGGAGUGGAAGAUCCCAUGUGUGAAUGCCCAAUGGCUGUGUGACAUACUGCUGGGAAACUUUGAAGCACUGAGACAGAUUCAGCACAGCAGAUACUCCAUCUACACACACCCUGAACCACUGGUGCCUAACCCACAGCUGGUCCAGAACCUGCUGGCUGCUUGGAGAACGCCGAUCAAAGUAUCUCCCGAAGCUUUAGCGUGUCUCCAGCUGCUCCAGAAGCAGAAGAUCACUGACUCUAACAACAUGCCUGCAAACAAGAAAGCCAGACUGGAGGAGAUUCAGUCCCCCAGUAAGAAGCUUCCUCCAGAGUCCACUCCUCGAGUCCUAUUCACAGGCUUUGAGCCCACACAAGUACAGCAGUACACAAAGAGGUUACAUGCUUUAGGUGGUGAAGUAGCAGACAGCAGUCAGAAAGUCACUCACCUGGUGGCCAGUAAGGUGACCCGCACCGUCAAGUUCCUCACUGCCAUGUCUGUGGUCAAACACAUCGUCAGCCCAGAGUGGCUGGAGGAGAGCUGGAGGAGCCAGAAGUUUGUGGAUGAGCAGAGUUGCACUCUAAGGGAUGCAGAGGCCGAGGUGUUGUUUGCAUUCAGCCUGGAGGAGUCACUAAAGAGAGCACACAGUGCACCGCUCUUCAAGGGGAAAUACUUCUACCUCACCCCGGGGAUCGUACCCAGCCUCAGCACCAUGAAGUCCAUCCUGGAAAGUGCUGGAGGAAAGCUGCUGGCCAAACAGCCCUCCUACAGAAAGAUCAUGGAGCAUAAACAGAACAAGAACCUUCCAGAAAUCAUCUUAAUUUCCUGUGACAAUGACCUCCACCUCUGUAGAGAAUACUUCCUGAAAAACAUUGAUGUCCACAACGCGGAGUUCAUCCUGACAGGAGUACUGACCCAGAAACUCGACUAUGACUCAUAUAAGUUCACUUGAUGAUGAAGCAGUGAUGACGUGAAGGAGGAGGAGGACAGAUCAGGAAGCCACCUGUGUACAGUCAAGCCUCACGGACUUUUCUAUGUUUUUAUUUCUGUGCAAAGCUCCCCAGUCAUUUUGUAGCUUUUUGUUACCUGUUUGAGAAUAAAUAAAUAAAUGGAUGUUAUUUUUGUGAAAUGAAUGUUUAAAUUAUGGAGGAUUCGAACCCUUUUCCUGUUUUUCAAAUAGAAUGUGUAAAGGCUUCAGCUCACAUGCUGCUUUUUGGAAUAAAAAUUGUACAUUUGUUUCCUAAAA